AAACCCAACCCAACAAAUUCCCGCCAUGUUGUUGGCUCUGGCUCCUAAAACCCUAUCCCCUUUCUCAUUUCUCCCCAACCCAAAACCAAACCCCAAAAACCAAAUCCCCAAAUUCGCAACCCUAAACCAGAAUCCAGUCCCCAAUUCGGAGCCGAUUGAUCGAAAAUGCGAGUAUCGAACCGAGAGAGGUCUCAAAUUCGACACGGGAGAGACAUUUUUCCGGCACGAGAGCGCCACCGGCCGGGAUUUGGGUGUUCUGGCCGCGACGCUGUACAAGAAAUCUAGAGGGAAAUUGCGUGUACUCGAUGCCCUCUGCGGCUGCGGCAUUCGGUCUCUGCGGUACCUGGUGGAGGCGGAGGCCGAUUUUGUGUUGGCGAAUGAUGGAAAUGUUGAGAGCAGGGAUGUGAUCACGGAGAACUUGAGGAGCUCCGGCGAGGAGGAGGAGGAGAGGUGGAAGGUGACGCUUAUGGAUGCGAAUCGGAUCAUGACCGAGUGUUAUCUGAACAGGGAUUUCUAUGACCUCAUUGACAUUGAUUCGUUUGGCAGCGACUCGUCGUUUCUCAGGUCGGCGAUUAAUGCUUUGAGGAUGGAUGGCUUGCUUUACGUUACCUCCACCGAUGGUUUCUCUUCCGGGGGCCGCCGGCCGCAACAAACUUUAGCGGCAUAUGGAGCUUAUGUUCGGCCUAUGCCAUAUUCGAAUGAGCUUGGUUUGAGAAUGCUUAUAGGAGGGGUGGUGCGGGUAGCUUCUGUGAUGGGGUAUCGUGUUACUCCGCUGUUUUCAUACUAUUCGUAUCACGGACCCGUUUUCAGAGUCAUGCUGCGUGUCAUUCGUGGAAAGCUCCCUGAUAGCAGACACUACGGUUUUAUCAGCUACUGCCGCGACUGUGGAAAUUCUCAUGAAUUUUCAUGGGAUGAACUUGGUCGGAUCAGUUGCCCCUGCAGUGAUUCAAAGGUGUCUAUGUCACUAGUUGUUUCUGGUCCUCUCUGGACAGGGCCUCUUCAUGAUGCUGCUUACAUUACAGAUAUGUUAACUUUAGCAAAGGAAUGGGGAUGGGCGGGCAGUGACACAGGAACUGAUCUUGACAAACUUUUAAAUACAAUGGUGGCUGAGAGCGACCCCAGAUUACCAUUUGGCUUCAUCAACUUGGACGAGGUAGCAAGCCGUGCAAAAGUAAAUUCACCAGCACUCAAAGCUGUGGUGUCUGCCCUUCAAAAGGAGGGAUAUGCUGUGAGUAGGUCACAUAUCGAGUCCAAUGCACUCAAGACCAACUGUCCAAUGUCAGAAUGCAUUAGAAUUGCACAAGAACUACAGCAGUGAUACAAAGCUGAAUGAUUUCACUCCCAGAACACAGGCCAGUUUAAGUUGCAUCUAACUUAUGGUUGUCUGGUCUAAGCAUGGAGGAGUUGAUGCUCAAUGACAGUUUUAUGACAACCAAUUUUUGGAACUCUCUGAAACCCUUGUAAAGUGGAAGCGAACAUUGAUGAUACAAAUGAGAAAUAGAGGGUCUGACCAUUCCAUUCUCUAAAGUGCAUAGAAAAAUUUGUAGUCACAAGCCGUGAGCAUUAUACUUCUGAUUAGAAGAUCCAAUAAUUUUUGUAAGCAUUAUACUUUCUGAUUAGAAGAUCCAAUAGCCACAAUAUGAAGGUCCAAUAUGAAUCAGUUGACGGUC